AUGUUAAAUCAUUCGCAAUAUCUUAUUAAAAGAUCUUCUUCAAUUAGAACUUCUCUAAUCUAUUGUUCUCAGAGUACAAAUUCAUCUCUUGCAUCAAUAUUAUUUCCAGAACCAAAACCAAUCGAUAAAAAUGAAAUUUCAUCAUCAUCAUCAACAACAACGAAACCAACAGCCAAACAACAAGCUCAAAAUGUUGUUAGUUCAGCAGCGGAUGCAGCUGUUAAUGUACUUGGUGUUGGAUGGGGUGCACUCAGUGCAGUUAGUAAUCGUAUAACAGGUUUAACCAGUUCACAAUCUAAAGAAGCAAUUGUAAAUAAACAAUUACAAACAAUAGUACGUGUGAUUACACCUGAAACUCUUCAACAACGAACAACAUCUUUAAUAGAUUCAGUUAAAGCAGCAUCAUCAACAUUAUCACAAACAAUAAGAAUUGAAGAACUUUCAAAUCAUCUUCUUCAUCAACCUGAUGCAAAUUAUUUUACAAAAAAGCAACGUCUUGUACCAUAUUUAUUAUAUUUACGUCGACAAGAAUAUCAUAAACCUGUUAUUGAUAAAGCAUUUAUUGGUAUUAUUAAUGAAUGUCUUACUUUAGCAAAUUAUGUUCAAGCACCCAGAGGAAAAGGUAUUCGAUUAUUAUCCAUUGAUGGUGGUGGAAUGAGAGGUCUUAUUUCAAUAAAUGCACUUCGUCGAAUUGAAGAUCUUGUUGGUGAACCAAUACAUACAAUGUUUGAUUAUAUGUGUGGAGUAUCGACGGGUGCUGUCAUAGCAGCAAUGCUCGAACGAGAUUCAGAACUAAUGUCUAAGUUUAAAAUUAUCUGA